AUUUUUAGUUUUCGCUCAUUGUAUAUUGAAAUGUAUAUUUCUAUCUUUAUUACUUUAUUUCGUUUACAGUUUGUGUCAUGAGAAACAAUCUUGUUAUUGUGAAAUGGGUGGAGGUGGUUAAGUGGAUUGUAUUUACGUUUAUUUUAUUUUAAUUAUACUAUUAUUCUAAAUAAAUUUCAAUAAAAAAUCAUGUGGUAAAACUAAAUAAAAAUUAUAAGAUUAUUGGAUUAUUUUUAUGAAGUUUUCAUUGGAGUUACAACUGUAUAAUUGCCCAUAGUUAAGACAGUAUUCGUUACAGAUGCAAAUAAUUACUUUUAUAUCUGUGAUAAAAGCGGAUGAUGAACUAAUGAAUUUGUAUUAUUAUCGAAACCAAAUUUGGAUUGUUAUUAGCACCCUUUCAACUUGAAAAAAUCGACGCAACUCAAUAUAUAGAUGGCUGAGCUUUAAUUAUGAAUAGAAUGAUAGUACAAAUUGAUGUAUGAAAUUAUGUUAGAAAUUCGUUAUAUUAUUUAAAUUCUUUCUUUUUGGUUGAGAAAGCAAUGCUUGAGGAGCACAACAAUAAUCUUCUAGAUGAUGAAGAAAAUAAAUUGAGUACUAUGGGCGCUUCUAGAAAUAUGCCUAAUUCUAGAGUAAUUCUUUUGCAAGAAAGAAAGAAGCAAAUUGAAGAUACACUAGCCAAAAGAAAUCAAGAACUGAGGCAGUUAUGUAUUCAGGAAGCAGAAUUAACUGGGAUAACACCACCAGAAAUGCCCUUAGAACCAGGUGAAACUCUUCCUCAUAUCAGAAGGCGUGUUGGUACUUCUUAUCAGUUACCUGAAAAGCUAAUAAAAAAUGUCAGUAACAAAGAUGAAAUGAUAUCAGAACUGGAGCUGGAAAUUCAGUUACAUGCCAAUAUGGCUGAAGCAGCUUUAGGGUUAGCAAAUGAACAAAAUAUGAGUAAAACAAUGAAAAGACAACACAGAUCAGAAUACCAGAAGCAUAAACAGCAAUGUUUGGCAUUACAAGAAAAAUUAGCAGCAUUAAAAGAAAAAGCUGCUGUCGACCAACAGAAGCAAAAGAAAAAGCCCAGAGUUCCUGAAAGUAAUGGAGAUGAUACAGUCUCUCUUAGCACAAAUGGAAAUGAAUCAUUUAUAAAAGCUGACCUUCGACAUAGCAUGAGCUCAGCCAAACACAGUACAUCAGGGGACGGUAAAGUAGAACUUCGAUACAGACAGGAUGCAUCAAGGCAAUAUAGAAUGACUGAUAUACCGUAUGUUGCACAGCAGGCGAGUAAGCCUGAGGAUAUUUUAACAAGUGGAUUUUAUCGACUAAGUUUAAAUGGAUAUAGUAAAUAUAUGGAAAGACGAGAAAACAUGAACAAUGUAUACCCAAGUUAUAUCUCAGGAUCUCCCCAAUUUCAAUAUAAUUCGCAAACACCUAUAAAUAAUUUACAGCACAAUAUUUCUUAUCGACAACACAGCCCGAUAUCACAGCAUAGUCCUCUCUUAUCGCAGCACAGUCCUCAUUUAUCCCAGCACAGUCCUCAUUAUAUUCACAUUUCUCAACACAAACCUCAACUCAGUCCUCAACAAUCCCAAAGGUUCUCCCAAUACCCUCAGUAUUCUACAGACUUUGUUGACUUUGGAAAUAGACAGUCCAGUCCAACAGCAUCGCUAUCUACUAAAACACACUACUAUCCCUCGCAUCCGACAUUAACAAGACAGAAUUACAGGCAGUAUGAAAGUGAUGUCAUGUAUAGAAAUCCUCACCAAAUACAACCACACCAACAAUACGAACAAAUGAACAUUGGGUUAGGUGGUUAUUGGAAAAGAAAUCCCAAUGGUGAUCUUGUAUGGUACUCUUCUAGCGUUAUUGAUAGUAAUUUACAGCGUGAUAAAAGAUUUGGUAGUCUUGAUAGAAGAAAAACUAAAAGAGUAUCUAGUCGAAUAUCACCAAAUAUGGAAAAUAAAUCAGCUACUUUAUCUGCUGUUCCUAACUAUCAAGGUCAAGUCAGAUGUGCAUCUGUUAAAAAUUCUCAGAUAUUAACUAGAAGAUCGCAGGAUAAUGGCCAGUUAGUUAGAACACAAUCUUUAGGAAGUGUAGGUGCUAUAACAGUAGAUAGUGUGUACCCAACUGAUGAUAGCUCAUCAUUUGGCAGUGAUAGUAGAAAUAUGGAAGCGAAUCAAAUCUCAAAAAAACACAGAGAAAAAGAAUGGUUAGAAACGUCUCUGGACGGACCUGUGGCACUGCAAGCAUCCGCUUCUCCUCUAGGACCUGCCAUAUCUCCCCAACCCUCCCUGUCGUCCUCUCAACCCACAAUAGCAACGUAUCCAGCUGAAGAAAAAAUAGCUAAAGAAAUUCCAGCCGAAUCGAAUCCGUCACCAAAAAUUCGAGAACCCAUUAUCGAAUUGUUUAACAAUAACAUACCAAAAAAUUGUACAAUAGUGCAAGCAGGACAUUGUAAACCUUACCACGAAGAAACUAAACCAUUUGAAAUGUCGGAUUUUUAUAAAUACUCCACUAAAUUUAAGAAAUCACCAGUAAAAGUAGACUCGGAUAAACAGAAUAGUAGUAGUAGUGGUACUAGCCACAAAAACUUGACUGAGAAAUUUGAAGAGUCUCCUAUAACUUCUUAUUCACCUAAUAAUUAUCAAAAUAUUAGUAAUAAUGGUAGUACUCCUGUAAAUUUGGAUAACACUUUGAGUACCAGUCUGGAUUUGGAUCAACUUACCGUUUCGGAUCAUUUUUCGGAUGAAAUGAACACUUGGUAUAAAGAACACCGAAAAAAUAACAAUAACCCAGGAAACACCACUCCAAAAAGUAGAUCGACAGCCACAUUAGUUUAGCAGAGAGUACAAGAUCUAGAAUAUAUAUAUAUAUAUAUAUAUAUAUAUAUAUAUAUAUAUAUAUAUAUAUAUAUAUAUAUAUAUAUCUUAUUGAUAGUAUUUUAUGAGUUUAUAGCAAAUAAGCCAAAAUCAGUUCCAUUGUUCACGCUAUAUUAUCCUUAGCAUCACAGAGUAGCAGAGUAGUAUUUUUAUUGUAAUUUACAAUUUGAAUGUCUGGAACCAUUGGCGAUAUUCAUACUGGACACAAUAUUUAAUAUUAAUACUACAUCAACACUCAAAAUAUAAUGUCUGGUCCUUGGAGCAUUCUAUGUUCGUAUAUGGCUAGAAGGACCAAAUAGUGUAAUUGUAAAUGAUGUAGUGUUAGAAAAACGAAUAUGUCGGUAUGAAUUCCUUUACAAUAAACUUAUCAAAUUUAUUUAGAAUACAUUUUUUGUUAUGUAUUUGAACAAUUAUGACAUGAAAAUAUUUUAUAUUUACAAACAAUUGAAAAAAAAACACUAAUGUAUUUUUUACUUCAAUUCCCGAAAGCUUAGGUUAAUACAGUACUUGUUUUUGUGAAAAUUAUUUUUCGAAAAAUACUCGUCUUUAUUUCUAAUUACAAGUUUUUACUCGUAUACAGGGUGAGUUUCUAAUGUGACUUUGUUAUUAUAGAAAUAAUCCGAAAAAAAUUUAUUAACAAAAAUUGUAAGUAAAGAAAAUAUAAUGGAAAUAUGCUUUUGUAAAUGCGAUAUUUUCUCAAAUCCUAUUUCACCAAAUUCUAUAAGGUAUUUAAAAAGAUAAAAAAGACCCACCCAUGUUUUAUGCUACAGAAGCAAUUAGUAUGACAAAAAAAGAGACUGAAAUGAUGCUGAGAAUAGAAAGAAAAAUUAUGUGACAAAUAAAAUAGAAUGGCGUGUGCAGGAAAUGAACUAAUAAGUAAAUAAAAGAAGUGAUGGAGAGAUAAAAUGUAGUAGAGAUGUCUAAGACAUACACGGAAAGCUGAAAUAGAAUGAUGAUAGGAGUGGACGUAAAAUUGAAGAAGUAUACCAAGUUCGAUAUGGUUUGAUGAGUUGGUUGAUGGUUAAGAAACUGGAAACAAAUAACUAUGUGAACGCCUGAUAAAUCAGUGAAGUGACUGAGUCUCCCCUGAAAAGGGAUCUGUAAAGUUCGAAAGAGCAGUCAAGUUCCAAAUAAGGGACAUCGAGUGAUAUAAAAUAUUUAUAAGUUGAGCAAUACGCAUUGCAAAAAUCACUUAAAUACAAACAUGCCCGGGAAUUUAUGUAUUUCUGAGAAAAUGUUGAAGUAUUAUCAAACAAACACUUAUUAGUGAUACUAAUCGACGUAUCUGGUUUAAAUUUAAAACAAUUGUGGUCCUCUUAGCUAUUUUAUUUAAAGUUUCAUUUUUAUUUUGGCGUAGAUAACAUUUAUUGAGCCAGAUCCAAGGUCUGCUAAUAAACCAAUAGAGUGGAAUUGGUUAAUUUUUUAUACAGCUCCAUUCAGUCCGAUUCUGAUUCCUCAGACCCUGAGAUUUUCUCUUCAUCAUUAUAUUCUGCACUUAUCUCUUCGUCAUUCUGCUUUAUUAUAUUCUUUGUGCAUUAAUUUCUAAUUAUAAGGUAAAUAAGUUUCUUUUGCUGUCACUUUCUAUUUUAAACAUAUUGUUUCUUAGUUAUUAGAUUUCCUGUCAACAUUAGAAAAAAUUAUAUAUAAUAAUUGUAAUAUAAUUUAAAAGUUCAUAUACAUAAUAAUGAAAGUGCUAUCAAAAUCAAUUAAGAUUAAAAAUAUUUUUAAAAAAAUUAUAUAAAUGCCCAAACGUUUAAAAGGCUUUGGGUAAAUUCCUGGGCAUUUAACCAUUUUAUAAAUGUCCAUACCAUUGGACAAUUUGCAAAUAUCACUAGGGACGUCGUAUACAGGAUGAGCUAAUACUAAUAAUGUUUUUUGUUUCACCUAGAUUUGAACUAUUUCAAUUGUUUUUGGUAUAUCCAUUAAUUUUUCAAAAACUCCUAUACCUAAAGUCAUUAGUAUAUGAAAUAUUUUUACACCUUUAUACAGAUGUUGUCGAUGAUUUCUGUAACAAUAAAACAAUAAUGGAUUUACUAGUUUUUCAUAUACACAGUGCUUAUUUUGUAAUAAAUUCUAUAUGUCUUUUUAAAUGUCCUAUAUAAUUUUAUAAAACUAAAGAUUGUAGUACAAUUAUUGUAUAAGUAAAUACAAACUUUCGCAUUUAUAAAAAAUUAUGUUUGUUUUAUCACUCAGCUAUGAGCCACCAUGUAAAUAUUAGUAUAUUUUCAAGAUAAGGAACUUGUCAUUUCCAUAGUAACACUAAAAACUCACCCUGUUUAUAAGAAUGUGGAUGUUAUAUUUGUCACAACUAUUGUGUAAAGACCAUGUCUAUAGUUUGUCUUAUAUUUUUUGUAAAGUAUUUUGUAGUGAUCUCUUAAGAGUCGUUAUUUGUGAAAAUUGUUUAUGUUCUACUUUAGAUGUCGAAGUUAACUUUGUACUGGUUGUGAUUUCUAGGCAAUAUUUCGGUUUUUCACUCUAAAACCAAACGAUAGUGCCUUCUAAAGGGUUAUAAAUAUUUUUUAUAUUAAUAUAUUUUCAUAUUACACCAAA